CUUAUGGAUACCAAGGGCUUUCAAGGUUGAGAGGUACAAAGACAAAGAAAUCUCUAGGGUUGAAGCUGAAAGGGAGGAUUGUAGUGGAUCCAAAGAUCUCGGCCGUCGUAGCAAGAAUUGCUUGGGAGCACUAGAUGGAACAUACAUUAAAGUGCGAGUAGCUGAAACCGAAAAACCGAGAUAUCGGACUAGAAAGGGAGAGAUUGCAACAAAUGUGUUGGCUGUUUGCUCACGUGAUAUGCAAUUCAUAUUUGUGUUGCCGGGUUGGGAGGGAUCCGCAUCCGAUUCUAGAGUCCUUCGAGAUGCCAUAACUAGGCCUAAUGGAUUAAGAGUUCCUACCGGUUAUUAUUACCUUGUAGAUGGUGGGUACACAAAUGGUGAGGGAUUUCUUGCACCAUAUAGAGGAACAAGGUAUCAUCUAUCGGAAUGGAGAGAAGGAAAUACACCUGUAAAUCAUCAAGAAUAUUUUAAUAUGAAGCAUGCUAAAGCAAGAAACGUAAUAGAACGUUGUUUCGGGUUGCUAAAAGCUAGAUGGGGCAUACUAAGGAGUCCAUCUUUUUAUCCAAUAAAGACACAAUGUCGAAUCAUUACGGCUUGUUGUCUUUUACAUAAUCUCAUUAGGAGGGAGAUGUCUAGAGAUCCGCUAGAGCAUGAAAUAAAUGAAAUUGAAGAGACGGAAAAUGUGAUAGAAGGUGAUAUGGUUGGCACCAUUGGAGCAUCGGAUGAAUGGACUACUUGGAGGAAUGACUUGGCGUUCCAAAUGUAUAAUGAGUGGCAAGGAAAUGCGAAUAACUAGCCAACUCUUGUUAUUUAUGUUUGAGUUCUUAAAGUGUUUUCUUUUUUAUGUGAUUGUAAUUUGUAUUUGAGGCAUGAUAAUUCGGCCUUAACAAUGUAUUGAUUGUGGUAUUAAAGAAAAUUUAUCAA